ACGCAGGGAUGUGGGAUGCUCUUCUGAACGUGAGGGUGAGGGACUCCUGAAACAGACCCAGAAAAGUGGGAGUCUCCAACACUUGCCUUCAAAUCAAGCCUAUCUCCAUCCCUGGAAAAUAUACGUGCAGCAAACAUAGCGUAUUGAAAUUAACACAAGGAGAUGAACUGCUGGGUGGCGUGCUGGCCAGCUGCUCGCGCUCAUACAGCCGCGUGUCAGGCAGAUCCAUCGGGUCGCUUCAGCUGAGGAAGACCCUGGGAAACAUGGUCUGGUGAGGCAGCACACGUGGUGAGCUGGUCAGACAGGCUCUGGGUGUUUACCUGCACCCAUAGCGGUCAUGUAGGAGAGCAGUAUUAAUGUGAAGAUGGGACUGUUGGUGUUUAUGCGUAACCUGCUGCUAGCCCUCUGCCUCUUUCUGGUACUGGGAUUUCUGUACUAUUCGGCUUGGAAGUUGCACCUUCUCAGAUGGGAGGAUUCAAAUUCAGUGGUUCUUUCCUUUGACUCCGUUGGACAUACAAUAGGCUCAGGAAGGAGAGAGAGAAAAACUGUGGCUAUUGUGGUUCCGCUGUCCAUCCCAUCUCAUCUUGCUGCAGACCCAGGAAAAGACAGAGCCCAGAAAGAACCCAAAGAAACAAUGGCAGCUCCAGGCCCAGCCAGUCCUAAAUAUGACAAACUGGGCUUUCUCCUGAACCUGGACUCAAAAUUGCCUCCAGAACUGGCAUCCAAGUAUGCAAAUUUCUCCGAGGGAGCGUGCAAGCCUGGUUAUGCAUCAGCGCUCAUGACUGUCAUCUUUCCAAAGUUCUCGAAGCCGGCACCAAUGUUCUUGGAUGAUUCCUUCAGGAAAUGGGCGCGUAUCAGGGACUACGUACCCCCCUUUGGAAUUAAAGGACAAGAUAAUCUGAUCAAAGCCAUCCUGUCAGCUACCAAAGAUUACCGUCUAACUCCAGCUCUUGACAGUCUCAGCUGCCGGCGAUGUAUUAUUGUGGGAAACGGUGGAGUACUUGCAAAUAAGUCAUUGGGGUUAAAAAUUGAUGACUAUGAUGUUGUUGUCAGGCUGAACUCAGCUCCGGUGAAGGGCUUUGAAAAAGAUGUGGGUGGCAAGACAACACUCCGGAUCACAUAUCCUGAAGGUGCAAUCCAGAAAAUGGAGCAGUACGAGAAGGAUUCUUUGUUUGUUCUGGCGGGAUUCAAAUGGCAGGAUUUCAAGUGGCUGAAAUACAUUGUUUACAAGGAGAAAGUGAGUGCCUCUGAUGGCUUUUGGAAGUCAGUGGCAACCCGUGUCCCAAGAGAACCUCAUGAGAUUCGUAUCCUGAAUCCCUACUUCAUCCAGGAGGCAGCUUUCAGCUUUAUCGGACUGCCUUUCAACAACGGCCUCAUGGGCAGAGGGAACAUCCCCACCUUGGGAAGCGUAGCAAUAACCAUGGCGCUCCACAACUGUGAUGAGGUGGCGGUAGCUGGGUUUGGCUAUGACAUGAGUUCACCCAAUGCACCGCUGCACUACUAUGAGAACAUCAAGAUGUCUGCCAUCAAAGAGUCCUGGACGCACAAUAUCCAGCGGGAGAAGGAGUUCCUGCGGAAGCUGGUGAAAGCCCGAGUCAUCACUGACCUAACCAGUGGGAUUUGAGUGGCUGCAGCCACUGCCUCCAAGGGAGGAGAUGAAGACGCACGCUGCAGCUCCGGGAGCAAGCACUGGCAGCCCCCCGCAAGAAUCCCACCUCACUGAAGACACACAGAGAUGCUCUGGGAAGACCCUCUCGCGUUGCCAGUCUGCACGAGGGUUGCGUCUGCUGCCUCCAGGCCUAGAGCUGGCAGGAGGUGGGCAAGGAGCUGAGUGGGCCAUUCUUGAACUCUGCAUCGCAGACAGAUCUUCUGCGUCCUGAAUUAAACAGGAAAGACUCAGAGAAGAAAGGUUUGUGAGUAAAACAAUUUGUGCCAAAUGGGAGGUGAUGCUGCCCCGAGGCAGCAAUGCCUGAAUGUACAAAGUAUUCUUUUUAAAAAGAAACUCUGCUGGAAUCAUACUAGAAAUACCAAGGUGCGAGGCAAAGUCUGCCUGUGCACAGCCCUGCAAAAAAACCCGGCCCCUCCAUUCUCCAUCUGCGUUGUCACCGGCCUCAGACCUUUCCCCAGGAAGACAAAUCCGUCCAAAACUUUGGUGUCGUUGGUGCUGCUAUAAUUCAAAAGGAGAAUAAUGGCUUUCUUUCCAUCUCUACUUGGAGCUUCUGGUUGGAGAUGAGCAUGGGUUUGUUUUUCUGCACUUUUCCUUGCUUCCCACACAGAGGCAGCAGCCACAUUUUGGCUGUGUUUUCCAUAGCUGUUUGCCCUUCUCUGCCCUGACCCCAAGGUGGAGGGCGGAGCUGAUGGCUUUUCUGCCUGCAGCAGACCCUGCUCACCUUCCUGCCUGUCACAGCAGAGCCUGCCACAUGGUGCUCAAGGCAUUUGGGCCUCUUGGUUUGUGCCUGCUGUGCAGGGUCCUUGUGGAGUCCGUACAGAUCGGUGUCACCAUUUCUGGACAGCAUCUCAAUUUAUUUCUGUGGGAGAGGAAUAACUUGUUCUUUGGUAGGAGGUCAGAUCUUGUAUGGAGAUCUGCAGUUUUACAGUUUGAGAGCAGGCUGCUGAAGAUGUUUGUUUUACGUUCCAGACUCAAUCAUGUUCCCUAUUUAAGCGAUGCGUCACCUCAGUGAUGAUGGACACUACUGGCACGGGUGGGGGCCUGCUGGGAAUCCUCACCCUCUGUUCAGCCCCUGCUCACUUCAUUUCCAAGCUCCUCCCGUGCUGCUCCAGCACUGCUGCUCCUCCUGCUCUCAGGAGCACUUCCCUUUCUUUGCCGUCUUGAUCUCAAGAUGCAGUAUUUGCACAUUUAAUUUGUAUAUGUAUUUCAGAGGAGCCGGAAUAAACUGAGCAGCGUGGCUGAGUGUGAGGACAGCAGAGGGGUCCCAUCCACCUGGAGAGCGUGGGCAGAAGGGGGAAUACAAGAGGAAUGGUCACAGGUGGAAAUCAGCUCCCACACUCUCUUAGCCUGGAGUAAGAUAAUCUACACCCACAGGCACCAUCCGGAGCCAAGUCCCUGUGUGUCGAGGCAGCAAUGCGCAGCCUACUGGUGCUGAGGGAGGAUCCCAGAGGGUACUGGCUGGGCUCAUGGUCCUGGCACUGCAUCCAGCACAGCCCAAGGACUGCAGUGUGCCCUGCUCUGAGCUGAAGGGAGAUCAUGGCCAUAACACAGUCAAGGGAUGCUCAGAGCAGGGCUUGCAUGGUUCCCCUGGGCCACCUCUGCUGACUUGCAGCGGGUUGUGGCUCCGGGGCUGAGCCCCCAGAGGGGGUGUGCAGGAGGGGUAGGCAAUGACCCAAGCGUGGGGCAGAGGAGCAAACUGUACGGAAUGGUUUGAGACCAGAGCUGCAGGCAGAGGCAGCUCUCGGGAUGUGGUGCUGGGUGCUGCCCACAGACCGGCAUGGACGGGCCUUUCGGGGGCCUCUCCUGCAUGGUGCGCCUGUAGCCAAGGAGCUUGCUCAGAGGCAAAUCCUAUCCGGCUUCUGGUCAUGGGUGGUGCUUGCCUUGUAGUCUGGGAGCAGCUCAAAGAACCUGCCUCUUCCAGGCAGCAGAAGACAAGUAGUGGGAGGCUCUCCCUCCUCUUGCCCCUUCCUAUGUCUCUUCCCCCAUCUCUGUGGCCUCCCAGCCAGGCAGUUCCUGCUCCCCACAGUACAUGCCUCCCCUCAGGAUGUUCUCUGAAGUUUCCAUCAUGGAGAGCUGAUGUUUCCAGUAGGUUUUUGAGCAUAUGCUGUGGCGAUACUCCUUUAAAUAUUCUUCACCAAUUUGUUUUUCCUGCUCAAGUUGCCCAAGGCACUGGAUUUCUGUGGCCCUUGCCAGGUGAUGCUCCUUUUGUGGUUGCUGCGUCAGCCUGCACCUGGGACCAUCAUCUCUAGAGUCUGUACCAUGGUAGCAGUGGAGGUGGCUGGGCUGGACCUGUCUGAGGUGGCUGAGGAAGGGUGAGCACCUGCCUUGGUGCUUGAACUGGGUGUUUAACGAGCUGCUGUGGGAGCCCUAGAGCAGCGGUGGGGUGAUGGAUCGCUCCUCUGUGCUACAGUGAGCUGAAAUGCCAGAGUUGGGUGGUUGCAGCCAGGAGGAGGAGUGAGGUGAAGAGCCCUUAGUGUCUGUGCUGGGCUCCUCUGCACACCUUGGGAGGAACACCCCCAUGAAGGCUUGUGAUGGCAUUGAAAUGAUUUAGUCCAUUUGAUUGAGCACUACAAAGCUACAGGGCACCUUUAUCUUCCAGCUUGCUGGCUCCAGGUCCACAGAGGGAGCAAGGCUUCUGCUCUGCUUUCCCUGGCAUCCCAACUCUCCACCACAGCCAGGGACGGGUCUUGAUGGAAAGCUACCCCUGCAGUCAAGGAGGUAACUCCAAGCCUUUCUCUCAACCCAGGUCAGGGUCUCCAGGCAGAAAGACCCAGACUGAGUAGAUGAGUGCGUGGCCCAGGGUGAUUCUGGUGGGUCAGAACCACAUACAAGUAGAAGGAAAGAGAGAAUGGAGAGGACUGGAGGGGGCAAAGGCUCCCCUCUAACUCACUGUCCCAUCUGACAUGGGUGGUGCCGACACACCCCCGGAGCAGCACUGUGACUGGGCGAUGGGGAUGUGCACCCCAGCCCCCGAUGCAGUGUGGAACCCUGAGUUUUGCUCCUGGAUGCUGUUCCUUUGGCUGCCUCCCCGCAUGCACCUGCAGCCACCUCCCGCCCUCCGAAACGCUGCGCUCCUGCCAGCUCGGAGCGGUGCAUGCAGGUCAGAGCAAGGUCAGUGGGACGGAUGUGAGGCUUGGCCUCUCCCUCGCAGUGACUCACCUUUUCAGCUCAGAAGGGAGAGCCCAGGGGAAUUCUCCACAGCCUAAAUAUAGAGCAGGUUUGCCUGGCGCCUCUGAUGCACUGCGGUGCAGAAAGGCCACUUGGGUGGCAGGGAACCUGCCUCGAGAGAGGCUGGGGAAGCGCAGGGAGGCUGGGGACCCAGUUACCGCAGUGGGGCUUUGCUCCUGCUGGUGCAACGAGUCCGUCUGGGGAGCUGCAGGCCAGCCAGCACGUGCUGGGGCUGCCAGGGACCUGCUGCUGCACUGACCACACCAUGAGCUCCUUGUGCAUUUGUGAUGCACAGCCCUCCCCGGCGCUCAGCACCCCGGCGCUGGGCUCCCUCCACCAGCUCACCCCGUGCUGGCCAUGCUGUGGCCUCAAGCUCACACGUGCCAAACAGAGGCAUCACAGCUAGUACGAGGCAGCAGCAGGAUCCUCUGCAGCCCAGCAAUCCCUCAGCCCAGCAUUUCUGAGCUUCCAGCAUCUCCUUGUCCAGGGAGGGAGCAGUGGGGGGCCUGCUGUGGUUCUUUACUCCUCAGUGUGGGCACUGCAGAAGGUGUCAGGACAGGGCUAUCUGUUUAUCAACGGGCAGGCAGCUGGGUACGAGCAGCACCAGGGGUGGACAAGGGCUUGAAGGCUGCCUGGGAGGGACUCGGCUACCGUGCUGAGCUCCAGUGGCACCAGCACGGCACGUGCUGUAGGUCCGAGCAUGCAUCGCACAGAGUAUUAGAGACGCGUUCCCUUGGUGCAGGUAACCUGGGC